AGCUUUUUCCUCCGGUGCUGGUUUGGAUGUAGUACCGUUCACCGGAAGUGGACUGUCAUUCUGCCUGUGCCCUUGUUAGCUAGCUUCAGUAGCAGGCAAAUAGAUGUGUACAGUUAGGAAAUAUGAUUUAAACUGUGACUGAAGAGAGAAUCUGUUAGAGAUCGACUUUCAGUCGCUGUUAAUAGCAUCAUGUGGCGUGUCGGGAGCAAAGCUGCCUGCGAGGCCUGCAGGAACCUGGUCUCAACCAAUAUGGGGGUGAGAUUCCGGAUCCCACUGCAGAAGCUUCAUCCUCUGUCUCGUGCCAUCCACCAUCGCUACUCGGGAAACUCUAACCCUCACCGGCCUCCUCACCGUACAGCAGCCCGAUAUUUUACCUCCAUGUCUCGGUUGCCCAUGCGACCUUUAAAACCUUCAAGGUCAGGUGGUCAUAACUACCAACAGCAGCGUAACUUUUGGGUGGCUCGCCUCGCUGCUCGGCUACUGAAGCUCCGAUACAUUCUACUGGGUACAGCAGUAGGUGGAGGCUACACGGCUAAAAAGACGUAUGAAGAGUGGAGAGACAUGCUACCUGAUUUUAGUGAAUACAACUGGGUCAUCCCUGAUUUUGUCUGGGAGCUGAGUGAACAAAUAGAUCUUGAUAAACUGGCCAAAGCUCUACCAGAGAUGGAAGAAAUUGCCAAACUCCUCCCUGACUUCGAGAAAAUAGGAGAGAACUUCACUUUCCUUAAAAGCCUCCUCUCAUCUAGUGUGAGUUUGGGUAGUGAAGUCAAAGGAGCCUCUGGUCUGCAUCUGUUGUUAGAAACCUCCGUUGACCCCGCGCUAAAAGCCACAGAUUCUACAGCUGCAGGCUCACAUGACGCCGGCGACAAGCAGUACAAAAAGGGUCUGCUCGGCGAGCUCAUUCUUAUUCAGCAGCAGAUCCAGCGGCAUGAGGAGGAAGUCCGGCGGGGCGCUGCAGCCAAUAGCACGCGUCCACCACCCCAAGAUCCUGCUCCCAGUACGCCUCCGAACCCCAGCCCCCCUCCACAGAAAUUCAAGUCAUCAGACAAAGAGAAAGUAGACCAACUUCAAGAAGAGCUUCUUCGUACUCAGCUUAAGUAUCAGCGAAUGCUGGAGAGACUGGAGAAGGAAAAUAAGGAGUUAAGGAAGGUGGUGCUGCAAAAGGAUGACAAGGGGAUUCAUCAAAGGAAAGUGAAGAAAUCUCUCAUUGACUUGUAUUCUGAAGUCCUCGACAUCCUGUCCGACUACGACUCCAACUACAACACCCAGGACCACUUGCCCAGGGUAGUCGUAGUUGGAGAUCAGAGUGCUGGGAAGACCAGCGUGCUGGAGAUGAUAGCCCAGGCCAGGAUCUUCCCCAGGGGCUCGGGGGAGAUGAUGACACGCUCUCCUGUCAAGGUAACAUUAAGCGAAGGCCCCCACCACGUAGCAAUGUUCAAAGACAGCGGUCGAGAGUUUGACCUCACUAAGGAGGAGGACCUGGCUGCUCUGAGGCAUGAGAUUGAGCUGAGGAUGAGGAAGAACGUGAAGGAGGGACAGACCGUCAGCUCAGAGACCAUAUCCCUGAGUGUUAAAGGUCCAGGCAUUCAGAGGAUGGUACUUGUUGACCUACCAGGUGUCAUCAGUACGAUGACCACAGGCAUGGCGACAGACACUAAGGAAACCAUCUUCAGCAUGAGCAAAGCCUACAUGCAGAACCCCAACGCCAUCAUUCUCUGUAUUCAGGAUGGGAGUGUGGACGCAGAACGGAGCAUUGUGACAGACUUGGUCAGUCAGAUGGAUCCUCAGGGAAGGAGAACCAUCUUUGUUCUGACCAAAGUGGACUUAGCUGAGAAGAACCUGGCCAGUCCAAGUAGAAUCCAGCAGAUCAUUGAAGGAAAGCUCUUUCCUAUGAAGGCUCUGGGUUAUUUUGCUGUUGUGACAGGAAGAGGUAGCAGCAGCGAAAGCAUCGACUCCAUCAAAGAGUAUGAGGAGGAUUUUUUCCAGAGCUCCAGAUUAGUGAGGGACGGCAUGCUGAAGGCUCAUCAGGUGACCACCAAGAACCUGAGUCUGGCCGUGUCAGACUGCUUCUGGAAGAUGGUCAGUGAGUCAGUGGAGCAGCAGGCUGAUGUUUUUAAAGCAUCGCGGUUCAACCUGGAGACUGAGUGGAAGAACAACUACCCUCGCCUGAGAGAGCUGGACAGAAAUGAGCUUUUUGAAAAGGCCAAAAAUGAAAUCUUGGAUGAAGUCAUUAGUUUGAGUCAAGUCACUCCACAACACUGGGAAGCUAUUCUACAGAAGAAGCUGUGGGAACGCGUGUCCACACACGUCAUAGAGAACAUCUACCUGCCUGCUGCCCAAACAAUGGACUCUGGUACCUUUAACACCACUGUAGACAUCAAGCUCAAGCAGUGGACCGACAAGCAGCUUCCACACAAAGCACUGGAGGUUGCCUGGGAGACAUUACAGGAAGAGUUUGCCCGUUUCAUUGCUGAAUACAAAGGCAAAGACCAGGAUGAUAUUUUUGACAAGCUGAAGGAGGCCGUGAAGGAUGAGAGCAUCAAGAGGCACAAGUGGAACGAGAGGGCCUUGGACAGCCUGAGGGUGAUCCAGCACAACGCUCUAGAGGAUCGUUCCAUCACAGACAAGCCUCAGUGGGAUGCAGCAAUCCAGUUCAUGGAGGAAACCUUACAGUCCCGCCUCAAAGACACCGAAUCGGUGAUCAGAGACAUGGUGGGCCCUGACUGGAAAGAGCGAUGGCUAAACUGGAAGAACCGUACUCCAGAUCAGCACAUUCGUAAUGAAACCAAAAACGAGCUGGAUCGCCUGCUGAAGCUGCAUGAUGACCACACCGCUUACCUGGCCAAUGAUGAGGUCACCACAGUCAGGAAGAACCUGGAGGGGCGAGGGGUGGAGGUCGAUCCGGCGCUGAUCAAAGACACGUGGCAUCAGCUGUAUCGCAGGCACUUCCUGCAGAAAGCACUGUCCCACUGCAACCUCUGCAAGAGAGGCUUCUAUUACUACCAGAGGCACUUUGUGGACUCUGAGCUGGAGUGCAAUGAUGUGGUUCUGUUUUGGAGGAUACAGCGGAUGCUGGUCAUCACAGCCAACACUCUCCGACAGCAGCUCACCAACACAGAAGUGCGGCGGCUGGAGAAAAACGUGAAGGAGGUUUUAGACGACUUCGGGGAAGAUGUGGAGAAAAAGACCCAGCUCAUUACGGGCCGCAGAGUCCAGCUGGCCGAGGAUCUCAAAAAGGUUCGUGAGAUCCAGGAGAAACUUGAAGCUUUCAUAGAAGCUCUUCACAAGGAUAAAUAACAGAUCAGCAGAAGGAAUGAACUGAACAAAGGCAUCACAUCCAUAAAUGACUCUCUGGCACUGACUCAACCGUUUCCUGGUUUCACCACCUCAACCUGGCUUCCCAUUUCCUCUCCCACUGAACAGAAGCAAGAUACAGACACAAAAUUCCUGCAUUUCUCUGGCCUCUGAUGUUUCUUUGAAACAAACACGGGACGGGAGCACAUGGAGUAAAAUAACUUACUAAACACAAACAUUUCAUCGAGCUGUUAGAAUCUGUUGUCAAUAAAUAAGGACUGUCAACAUGUUUUUCCUCCUACUUUCUUUCUUCCUUUUUACCUGGUGCUUCUAAACUGUUCCACAUUACCGGGCAAAUAAACACAAAAACUUAAUUUCCUCCUAAAAAAUUCAAAUAGUCGCACUUUUGGCUUAUUACACUUUAUUUUUUAUAAGUAUUGUCCAUUUAUUCCAAGUAAAAUGUGUAACUCAAGAAAAAAAAAAACUAGGAAUUAGUUCAGUAUUUCUUCAACACUUUCAGGAGUUUUAUUUCAUAAAUGCAAAUUUAUUUAUUUUUCUAAUUGGUUUAUUACAAUAAAUAUUAAAAUCCUGCGUUUCUGUUUGCCAGACCAUAACUCCUUGUCAUGCUUUUUAGUCUGCCCUGUCUUUUCUGUCCAUGUUUACAAACAUGUCAUCCAGAUGCUGCAAAUCUCUGUUUUUAUAGAUUAUUAUUAUUUGAGAGUAAAAAUAAAUAAAAUGUCUUUUAAAAUUAAAUGAGAGGAUGAUUUUAAAACACUUUUUGGUCACUUUCAUGGUAAAUUUAGGCUUUAUUUCCUGCUAGAUUGUCUCCUUCGGUUAAGUUUUUCUGUCAUAACUGAGUUUAAAACAAUCUGUCGAUGAUGCCUGUUGGGUGUUGUGGUCUGUGACCCAGACGCAGUCAUUUUCAUCCUCCCAUGCGUUCCUGUAUCAUUUGAAUUUAAAAUAUGGAAUUAAUUAUUUCAGUUUUUCCUCAAAAUUAGGAGAAAUACCCAAGAUUAAAAUGAAAAUGUCUGCUUUCACAUCUUAUUUUCCUUUUUCAUGACUGAAUGUUUUCUGCUUCUCUCUCUCUGCACCUCCUUCAUUUGGAUCUUUCUGAUUCCCCCCAUCACUCCCAUCUUGCUUCCAAACCCUGAUGAGAAUUCCAUAUAUUUGCUCAUUCAUUCAUUCAUUCAUUCAUUCUUGUGUAUAUGGGUUUAUGUAUGUACAUAAAUAGGAUGUGCAAUCUGAUCACGUUACCAGGAAGUCGGGGAGCUAUCAUGUACAGCACGAGUAUCUAAGUGAGCCACUUGAGGAAAAGUUAACUGAGUCGGUUCAAAAACAUGUUUUACGUUGUAGAAAGUAAUGUGUGCAUGGUGUAUCCCUGCAGAUGUGCUUUAUUUAUUUAUGCUCAAAAUAAAAAUGACAAAUUAAAAAAAGA